AUGCAAAAAGCGAGCGAUUCGGUGAUUGAUGUUGUUCUCAACAAAGUAUCGCACAAUUUUACGGCAGAUGAUUUCCAAUAUUUGCUGCCUGGAUGGUAUGAUGCAGAAUUGAAGAAUAGAUUGGAAAACGCCGUCCUGGUUGAUGAAAAUGACAUCGUGAGAUUAGUGAAAGAAACUAGUGAACGACCCAAAUCAGCGAUGAAAAUUUACUGGAAAACACCAAAAGAGUUCCAACGAUUGUCUGCGCUGUUUGGUGGUGUGUUCUAUUCGCAGGGCGACCUAUGCUCAACAUGUUAUAAUGGUGUUAUGCAUUUGCAUUGGCGUUCAGUGCCACUAUUCAUAAUACAUCUAAACCAGAGGACCUCAUGA